CUACAUUUGUGAUUUCUGUUGGGAACUAAAAUUUUGCACUGAUGAAUAUUGUCACCUCUCGCAAUAAUAAAUAUUUUACUGAUGAGAGAUUUAUGGAUUUACCUCAGAAUGAAGAAGAUUCUGUGGAUGUAAAACAAAGCUGUCACGACAGGCAGAUGAAUGGAUCCUAUAACAUUGCUUGCAGAACAGUCAGGUUACUGGUACGCAUUAUCGCACAGACAAAAUGGUCAUCUGCCAAAGACUUGAUGGAUAUCAUCCGUAAUGAGGGAAAAAGACUAAUGGUAAUUGACCCUUCAGAAACUGUGAUAGGAAACAUGGUUCGUCGAGUUCUUAAGAUCAUCAGAGAGGAAUAUGCCAGUGCAGCCCGUGGAAGGUCAGAGGAAGGUGACCCACAAGAAUCUCUUCAUAAAUUGCUUUUAGCAGAAGGACAAAUUGAUGAUUACACCCACUACAUUCCUCCUUUAAAGGCAUCAGUAAUUGAAGCAAUAAAUGAACUGAGGACGGAGCUUGAUACAAGUGCUGAUAACAUUGCCACACAAGCCUUAGAACACAUCCAUUCAAAUGAAGUCAUCAUGACGGCUGGCUGGUCCAAGACGGUGCAAGCUUUUCUCAAGGAUGCUGCAAGGAAACGAAAGUUCCAAGUCAUUGUAGUUGAAUGUGCUCCUUUCUUUUAUGGUCAGGAGCUGGCAGUAAGUCUGGCCAAGUUGGACAUUGAAACGACAGUAAUCACCGAUUCUGCAGUGUUUGCCAUCAUGUCGCGGGUGAACAAAGUUAUUAUUGGAACACACACUGUCAUGGCUAACGGAGGUCUAAAAUCUAUCAAUGGAAGUCAUGCUAUUGCCCUGGCAGCUAAACACUAUUCAGUUCCACUGAUUGUUUGUGCUGCCAUGUACAAGCUUUCUCCUCAGUUUCUUUUCUCGUAUGAUCAGGAUGCUUUCAACAAGUUUGUAAGUCCACAUGAUGUGAUGAAGUUCUCAGCUGGAGAAAUUUUAUCUAAAGUACACAUACAGAAUCCGAUAUUUGACUACGUACCUCCAGAACUUGUUACCCUGUUUAUAUCUAACAUAGGAGGAAAUGCACCAUCAUAUGUGUACAGACUUCUUAGUGAACUCUAUCACCCUGAAGAUCACGAACUCUGAUGUUACAAAUAUUAUUUACACAGUGUAGUUUGAUGAACAAAGGGCAGCCAUUGAAUACAAGGAUGAUAGUCAACAUGCAAAAAUAACUGUACGUCCCAGGCCAUGGUUGUUCAAAUGCAAGGGUAGUUCUUCAGAGAAAUGUGAAUUAUACAGUCGAAUUUCACAAUAAAAACUUUUACAAAACUUGGUCACAGAGCUUAAUUCUACAAACAGGCCUGGUAAUAGGUGUGUAUUGUGUGCAGAAAUGCACAGUAAGCUUGUGCAAUAAAUUAUUUAACACUU